AUGUCGGAUUUUACUCAACAGAGACACUUAGUUGGUGCCCGUUUCUUGUCGGAAACCCCUCUAUGCCACAUCUACGGCGUUGAACACUGUGGAUAUAGUCAAGAUCACUAUGGGCGGCCUCGAUAUCCGCAAAUCGGCAGACUGAUGAUUACAGAUUUUACUGGCCCUAGUUGUUGGACCAAGGUUUUGGAGAAGACGGUGCGCAUGGACUUGAUAUCAGAAACUGGAACUAUGGGAGCAUCACACGGCUGGGCAUUUACUUUGAGAUACGGCGGUAUUCCGCAUCUUGUAGAUGAUCUCAACCCGGGAGUGUCGAACUCAGAUGGGUGUGAGAUCUCACUACCUGAUUUAGUAACGCUGCCUCAUUGCCAAACCAAACUUGUAACCAGCGUGGCCAUGUCAUCCUCCUCUCCUCACGACGAAGAUUGCAUCCUAGCCGUUAAGUUCGCUGGUCCCCAACUCAGCCUAAUUAGGCCUGCUCAAGAGAACAAAGAGUGGGUCAACAUAAAAAUCGAAGACCCUUCCUUCUUCUCCUCCCGAGUCAUGUACUCAAAGAGAGAUAAUAAGUUUGCCAUGGCGGCUUCCGAGGGGACACACAUUGGAUACUGGGACCUUGGAGAGAACUUGGAGAAACCAAAGGCGCAGGAAUUUUGCGAUGUUUUCACUCCUGAGUUGUUGAAGUCAGAAUGGGAAAGACUAGAUUCGUGUGUCACGAGAGUAGAGUUGGUGGAGUCACGUACCACGGAUGAAAUGUUUAUGGUUAAGCGGUUCACAGAGAGAAAUGACUUCAAUGAUGGGAGGAUGGAAGAGCGUCGAAUAUGGGUGUUCAGGCAAGACAGUUGUUCUACUUGGUGUUUCACUGAAAACAUUGGGGAUCUAUGCAUUUUCCUCUCCAAUGCUGAACCUUUCUGUCUCAAGGCUAGCUCCCACCAGAAAUGCAAAAACUCUAUCUACUUCAUUGACAAAAGCGAACGUGGAAUAUUCAUUCUCGGUGAUAAGUGUAAGACUAGUAACUUUAACAAGUUCACUGCCCCUUACUUUAUUCCACCUCAAUCUUACCUCGAUGCUAAUUGUAGCGAUGGUUAUCAUUCUCCCUAA